CGUAAGAAACCUCCACCGUACGAUCAGUCAUUCAUAACUAUUUCUUAAAAAUCACAUGAUUGACUGUAGCACAACACAAAUGGUGUUUAAUGUUGCAUUAAUUGGAGCGGCGUUUCCCUGUUCUGUGUAAAAGUGAAAGAGAAGGUCAUUUCCACUCAGUUGACAGUCAUAUGCUGAUUCGGUGAAGACUGGAUGGAUUUUCAGUGAGGAAGUUAUACAUGGCGGUAAAGAUAACCUUUACCAAGUUCGACUUUGCAUUGACCCUGGCUGGUUUCUUGCUGUACUUUGCAGACAUUGGGACCGACCUUUGGGUUGCUGCGGUGUAUUUUAACGACAAUGAAUUUACCUGGUUCGCUCUGGUUCUGGCGGCGAUAUCGCUUUCCGCGCUGGUGCUUCAGAGCUUCAGCUGGAGUUGGUAUCAAGAUGACAGGAAAAUUCAGCAGCAACAGAACAGUUCCGAAACACAACACUCCCACUAUCAAAGCCGGAGCAGCACCUGUCCCUGGCUGUGUGUACUCCAUAUCUUUCAGCUGGGGUUGCCAGUAAGGUUCUGCAAAGCACUUCGGCUUGGAUACAAAGCAGCAUUUAAACAAGGAGACACUGAUUCUGCCAUCUAUGCACUAGCCGACUUGAGCAUGUUACGAUUAUUUGAGGCAUUUUUGGAAGGUGCACCUCAACUUGUUCUUCAGACCUUCAUUCUUCUGCAGUCCAAAGACAGUAAUUUUAUUCAGUAUGGAUCUGUGAUUGCAUCGUUUACGAGCAUUUCAUGGGCGACUGUGGAUUACUACGCGGCACUGAAAAGAUCUUUGCCCAAUCCAAAUUUAACUUGCGGAUUCCCCGUUGUGUUUUACUUUCUUUAUAAGCUGUUGACAAUUAGUGCCACAAUUUUGAGCAUAACUCUACUGGUUAGUCUACACAUCUUAGCUGUUGUUGCUUACCUACUAAUUCUGUGGUCAAUCAUGAUGGUCCAUGUCGUGAGGCAGGAGACUACAUUUUGUAAUUCCAAAUGUCAAGAAAUUAUUUAUAGAAUAGUCGUUGGUAUCAUCCUAAUUUUCACCUUUUUCAAUGUAAAAGGUCAGGAAAUAAGACUGACUUUGACUCUGUAUUAUAUAUUUAAAGUCUUUGCAACUACUUUCAUAAUAAGUUUAUGUUGGAUACUGAAGGGUUCUUCAGUUGACAAAGGCUACGAUUUAUCAAUUAGCAUGAGUAUAAUGCUAUCAUUAACUAUUGGGAUUGUUUGUGCUGUGAUAUACUAUAGAUGUUUUCACCCUCAAGUUUAUUCAACGGCUGCAACUGAUGAAGAAUCUAAUAAUUCUCACACCACUUUACAAUUACCUGCAACUCCAGAUGAAGUUGAUGGAUUCCAGCCUGAAAAUUCAACAGCUACACUUAACAAUGUGAGCGAAAAUAGGGAUGUAAUUCACUCAUCAGUCCCUCAAUCCUCAAAAGUAAACAGAAGAAUCACAAAUUGUUUAAGAGAAUAAUUAAAUGAGGAUUGGUCAUAGUCUGAAUUAACACUUUCCAUGGGUGGGGCGUAUUAUAAUGUGGGACUUGAAAGGAUCCUUUUUUAAAUGCAGAUUCCAAAAGUGGUUAUUGUUCACAGUUGGGAAGCUAUGUUUUUACAGCUAAUCAAUGAAUUGUUAAAAUGAAGCUUUGCUUGUGAUUUAAGUAAUAUAUUAAGAUGGUUUGUGCCAAAACUCAGAAGUAAAUUUACUCGGUAGCGCUGACUGAUGAUCCUCCCCUCUCAAGCAAUACAACAACAACUUAAAAUAACCACUCAUCUAAUCUCACUGGAUCUUUUGUUAAGUAAAAUAGGAGCAUUAGCCUGAGUAACCAGCAGCACAUUUGAGAAAGUUAAGUGCUUGAGUGCAAAGUGCUUGGAGACGUGACAAGGAUCUAAGCUCACAUUUCUCACAAGUGAAUACAAUACUAUUUGCCGUAAUUUAUGUAAUUGUUUAUGCAUGUCCUUGGGUGUCUCAAUCAAUAAUACCUAACAGUCAUAUCUAAAAUAUAGGUAUGUAUUUAUGAGCUAAAACAGAUAGGUUGCAGCUAACUAGAAAGACGAGGUCCAUAUGUUCAGUAAAUGCUAAUGAUGCAAUAUACAAAUGUUUGAGCAAUAUUGGUAUUGGGUCAAUUGCCCAUUAGUCGCUUCAGAAAACAAACACCCUGACAAAAUGAAUUCGAUGAUUUCAUAUUCAUGUGCAGCUUUCAGUUUACAAUCAAACCUUAAGCAAGUAAUAAUUUAUCCAAUGCUAAAAAAGGUAUACCAGGUAUACAAAAAAAAUUUCAAGAAGUCUCAUGACAAGCAAGGAGUUGAGACAUUUAGCUAUAUUAUUCAAGGAAAGAGAUCACCAAAAUUCAUAAUAUCUGCUCAGCAGAAAGCAAUAUCUGGGUUAAGCAAAUCCAAACAAUCUAUCAAUUUCCCAUCAACCAUGCAAUUAAAUAUUAACAGGAGCGAUUUUGAAGCUAGGUCACAAGUCACUUUUUAUUGCUUUGUUCACUUUGUAAUGAAACAUGUUCCAAGACAGAAACAGAAAUUGCUGGAUAUGGUCUGCAGGUUUGGCAGCAUCUGUGGAGAGAAAUCAGAGUUAACGUUUCAGGUCCAGUGACCCUUCUGCAGAACUGUGAUAAUAUGAUAAUUGAUAUGACAAACACAAUGGAGGAGAGAAGUUGCACAUAUAUAAUACCUUUGCUGUCCUUAGGAUGUCCUAAUGUGCUUCAUAGACAUAUUUAACUAUCAUUAUAAAUGAUAAUUACUUAACAUGCUGCAAACAGCAAUGAGAUAAAUGUUGAUUGGUCGAAAACACCCAGGAUAUCUCCCAAGGGAUCUUGUAGUGGUGUCCUUAUCCCUGCCUAUGGGGCCAGGAUUCCCAUUUCAAAUCCCAUGUACUCCAGUGCCCUGUAACAAUGUCACUGAACAGUUUGUCUGGAAAAUAUGUACAGGACAUCUAAACAUUGUCAUGAAGUCAUUGACAUCCACCAGAAACUGGUUUAACAUCACAUCCAAGGAUUGGCCCCACCCUGUGCUAACCUGGGAUGACAACCAAAUUGAUGCGCUCUGGAGUAAAACCGCAAACAUAAUCUGGGAUCAAAGGCAAGUUUGUUUCCAGUGAGCUGCAACUGAUAUCUAAGCAACUAGUGACCAGUCAAAUCAAACCCAGGCAAGGUAAUGCCGAUUUAUAUUAAAUCCUUCUUCUCCCACAAUGAAACAUUCGCAUCCUGAAGCCCGUGACACUGUUUCACUUGUACUAUGGGUUUUCAAACAGGAGUUCCUGACAUCUCCUGAUUGCUAUAUUUUCAGUAUUUAUUCUUGCCA